CUCUCUCUUUCUUUCUUUCUUUCUCUCUCUCUCUCUCUCUCUCUCUCUCUCUCCAGUUUCAAUACCUUAAAGAUACAAUCCACCGUCAUCUUCUUCAUGACCCUCGUCUUCUUCAAAUCCCAACUCCUCACCACCGUCUCUCCUUCCAGCCACCAAAAAUCAACCACUAACACCACGAUCAGAAAUCUAGAUCUGGAAUGCCGCUCACCUUUGUCGAUCGUCGCCGCCUUGACAGCUCCGACGACAAGCCCUACGAUAGCUCCACCUAUUGCUGUCGUUCGUGUUACAGAUUCGGUGAGUUCCCCACCUGAUAUUGUCUCCUCUAGAAGGAUUCCACGCUUCAUCUCGUCCUCCGUCUUCAUGGAGGAGGAAUCUAAUUUGAACCUUGUUCUUCGUCUUCAUGGUGGUGAUCUCCGUGAGGGAGAAAGACAAAGUUGGGUGUAUUUUUCCGAACAAAAAGUGAUCGUGAUCAAUGGCAGUUUAGGUUUGUAUGCACCUAGUAGUACCUACGCAUGA